AUGGAUCCUAAGGAUUUUGCUGGCACUACCGACCCUUUUGUUGCUGAGGGGUGGAUCCGAUCCUUGGAGGUGAUAUUUCGAUAUAUGGAUGACACUGACAGAUUUCGAUGUGCCAUAUAUCUGCUUAAGGAUGAUGCUUCUCUAUGGUGGGAGGGAGCUGAAAAGGGGAUUAAUCAGAAUACCCUGACUUGGGAGGAGUUCAAGUGGAUCUUCUAUGAAAAGUAUUUUACAGCUGAUGUGAGAUCGAGGUUGAAGAGGGAGUUUAUGAGUCUCCGACAGUGGGACUUGUCUAUUGCUGAGUUUGUCAAGAAGUUCAAUAGAGGUUGUCAUUUUGUGCCCCUAAUUGCAAAUGAUGCUACUAAAAAAUUAAGGCACUUUUUCGAUGGUCUCAGGCCUGCCAUCCACCGGGACGUUCUGUUGGUCGAUCCGACUGAAUACCAGGACGCUGUCACUAGAGCCUUCAGAGCUGAGCAAUCCUUGAAAUAUAUGGAGUGGGAAGUGUAG